AAAAUCUCUCGAUUCUCUCCAACUUCCAAGACUAUUAAAGUCUCAGACAAGAAAAAAAAAACCCUAUUUCUUUUCCCUGCAAUGUUGUCCUGUGAAUGUGACUUUUAAGGGAUUUACAAAACGUGGUGGGGUCUUCUGAUACAGCUUCAAAGAUUCCACAAGUUCUUUGUGGGUUCUAUAAUUUUAGAGAUGGCAAAACAUUUAAUUGAACAUAGUAAUGUGAAUGUUUAUAUUCACAAUGGGCUUGGGCAUAUGCUACUUGAUGCACCUCAUAUUAUUCAUGAUGUUAUUGAAAUUGAUGAUGAUGAGAAUGAGAAUGAAGAUAAUGAAGAAAUUGGUAAUGCAAUUAAGGGUGAUCAUGGUGAUGACAGAAUUGAUGGUGACUAUGUUAAUGAAGCUGUUGACAUAUCUCAAUUAAGUUCUAAUGAAGAAAAUCAAGUCAAUGAAUCAAUUGAUGUCCAUUGGAUGAGUGAAGAUGGGGACCACAUGGAUGCUGCCAAUUCUAGUUUUCUUGGGGGUUUAAAUGUCAAUUUACAUCAUGCUAAUCUAGACCAAAGCACCAGAGAUGGAUUUUAUGUGGAAAUAGAUGUUCUUAGUGAUAAAGAUGAUGACGAAUUGAUAAAUGCAUGUGGAAAACAAGCUGAGUUUUGGAGGCAAACACAUGCUGCUUCUAAUUGUUGCUUAUUGGAUUGUGAUGAUGUUUUUGAGGUACCAAUAAGGGUUCAUAAAGGCAAAGGAAAGGAGAUUACAGAAGAUAUCAAUGGUGAUUACAAGUUAUCUGAUUCCAAUACAUCUAUUGCUAGUUCUGAAAGAGAGAAAGACUCGAACUACAUUGACAGUGACGAUCCAAGGGAAUAUGUAUCAAAUUCUGGUGAUGAAUUAUUUGCUAUUGAUGAUGCUCUUAGGCAGAAAACUUCAUGUCCUGUUUAUGACCUCACUUGUGCUAUUCCACAUUUUGAGCUUGGUAUGAAAUUUCAAAAUCAUAUCAAAUUCAAGAAAGCUGUUGCCAAGUACUCUUCAUACAAGGGGUUUGCUCCUAAAUGGCUAAGAAAUGCUCCUGAUAAGCAAAGAAUUAGAUGCAUGGCUAAAAAUUGUCCAUGGUAUGUUUCUGAAACUUAUCAGAAAAGGGAUGGCAGCUUUAAAGUGGUAGCUUUGGUUAGGGAGCAUAUUUGCCUUUAAAAUAUGAAAAAUCCAACAGUCACUGCAAAGUUUUUAGCUUAGCAUCACAAAAUGAGAAUUCGGACUGUACCAGGGAUUAGAAUCAGUGAGCUAAUUAAGUUUAGUAAGAUUGAGUGUAAUGCUAUCGUGAAAAAGGACAAAAUGGCAAGGGCAACAAAGAUGGUGCAUCAAGAGUUACAAGGUAAUUAUAAAGAUGAGUUCAGGGU